AUGUCUUGCAGCUGUGGCUCAAACUGCUCCUGCGGCAGUGACUGCAAAUGUGGAAAAAAAUACCCUGACCUUGAAUACUCAGAGACCACUUCUACUCAGACCAUCAUAGCUGGGGUUGCACCUGUGAACAUGUACUAUGAGGGUUCUGAGAUGAGCUAUGGAGCAGAGAAUGACUGCAAGUGUGGCUCAAACUGCAGCUGCAGCUCAUGCAGCUGCAACAAAUGA